GGGUGCCUGCAGUUCGGCGUGUUGACAAAUUGGGGUUGACGUUGGAUUGCAGCCCGCUUGCGGUGGCUUCCACAAUGGCAUCUCUUGGCGGAUCAAAAGUUGUGAGAGUGGGCUUUUCCUUCCGGAAAAAGAAGAACUUCUUUUCGGCGAAGUUUCUAGAACAUGCGAGGAGCCGUGGUGUGACGUUCCUCGAAGUAAAGCAAGGCAUCCCACUGGUAGAACAAGGGCCAUUCGAUAUCAUCUUGCACAAGAGGAACGAUAGCGAUUGGUUCAGAGAUAUGGAGGACUACAAGUCUCAACACCCACAUGUGGAGUUGAUUGAGCCAGCAGAGGGAGUACUUGCUCUGGACAAUCGCGAGCACCAGCUGCGAGCUGCUCAACUGCUUGACCUCAAGGAAUUCCAUGGCAAGGUUGUGACACCGAAGCAAGUGCGAAUCGAAUCACAUACACCAACCAAGUCGAUUCGGCGGAUGCUUGCGGAAGCCGGCAUAUCUGUGCCAUUCAUCGUAAAGCCUUUGGCAAACUCCAUAGAUGGGUCACAUGAUCUGCAAAUUGUAUAUCGCAUGGAGGGUGUGGACCAACUCAGACCUCCCCUCCUCCUUCAGGAAUUUGUCGAUCAUGGAGGGGUUUGCUUUAAGUUGUACGUCAUUGGAAAGUCGUUUACAUGCGUCCGGCGGCGAUCAGUGCCAGACAUAGGCGAGAUCGCUUCUGACGACCCUGACGCGCAGCCACUUCUCGGUGCAAUUCGCCCUUUACCGAAAUUGUCGUCCAUCCCAGUCGAACAGGGUGACAUGGUGAAUGACUCGGUUCGCAACCCCGAGCCAGAAUUUCUGGAGCGCUUAUCAGCAGAACUGACAAGGUGUUUGAAGCUUCGGCUUUUCAAUGUCGAUCUCCUUCCAGAGGGCGGGACAAACGGUGAUAGAUUUGUUCUCAUAGACGUCAACUAUUUCCCAGGCUAUAACAAGAACCCUGGCUAUGAGGUCCCCUUCAUCGACUUCAUCCUGGAAGUUGCUGCAGAGGUGAACCGAAGAAAGGUGACGCUUAUGUAGAAAGCAAAUUACGCUCCGCUGGCAAUAGCAAAUCGCUAAUGAAAGAAAAAUCCUUCAUUCCUUGCAAGUGCGUGUGUUCGCUGCAGCAAAUUACAUCAUCUGAUCCUUGAAGGGGGCUGCCAAGUGUAAGUAGGGUUGCAUCAUAGCAACUGUACUGCAGAGUGAACCUUGUGAGGAAGAAAUCAUAGUGUCCGAUUUUUGUGUCAUUUCUCUCUCUUUGAAGAGAUGCAGGUGACCAAUUUUGUUUCAAGUUUCAACUUGUGAUGAACUUUUAUAACACAUCCAACUGAACUCGAGUUUCGGACUGAGCUGGAGUAUAAAAUUAUACUAUAUAACAAAUUGCAUAAAAGUUA